AUGCUAACUGUUAGAGGGUCUACCUGUGCUCCGACCCGCUUUGCUGGACAUAGUGAUAAGGGUAUAGUGGCCAUGGAGAUUGACCACAUUCUUACUGAGGGAGGAGGAGUGUGCCAGGUGGGUUCAUCAUGGCAGUCACUGAUCAAUUUACAGAACAAGCGUGAAACACUCGAAGCAGUGCAGGAGUCCUUUGGCAUACGCCCGAUGGGAAGCAAAUAUGGCAAGACGGCAUUGGAUAUCUUUAGGAGGACCGAGAAGCUCUCCUACCGCUCCAAAAAACUGCAGAAAGACAUCAAGUUCCUGAACUAUUGCCGAAAUUAUAAUGUAAUUCCUAAAUUUCUCAACUUCCGUGUACACAACCCUGUUUUUGAGAGCACUAUAACAUAUCGCUCCUGGUGUUUUCUUCUGCUAGACAAAGAAAUCACCAGUCAAAAGAAAAAAAAUAUUGUCAUCACCAAAAAACUUCAAAAGGAUUUAACACUAUUGAAAUCUGUAUUAUCCCCACUAGACCAUAUAUGCAUCUCUAGACUGAUCAACAACAAUGUCCAUAACAAACUACUCAGAGUGGAUAAUAUUCAUAGUAAAAAACUUUUAAAACUAGGUAUUGAUGUGAAGAGAAAAGUAGAUAAAAACAAGGUUAUUUUCAAUUUUUCGGAUAGAAUCCUUACCGAGGAACAAAAAGAUAUUCUUUCUCAUGGACUGGAUUAUUGUAUGCCCCCCAAUAUGAUUUCCUUUCAUAAAUUUUAUCUGUACUUUGAAAAGCUAUGCAUUGUUCUAAAAAGUUCUGAGAUUUACAAUAACACUCUCAGCAAUGUCACCAACAAUAUAACAACUAUAGCUAAUAACACUUUCCGGAAAUUCUCCCGUCAAAUUAAAACUAAUGAUGCAGAAGUUUUCACGUUACCCCUACAGCCGCUUAAGAAUGAUGAGACUAUAUUAAUCACCAGACCAGACAAGGGUCGUGGAGUUGUCAUCUUAAACAAACAUGAAUAUCACCAAAAAAUGCUUAACAUCCUAAAUGACCAUACCAAAUUAAAAAAGAUCACUACUGAUAUAUCUACCCACUUAUUGUAUCUCGAAGACAAACUAAAAAGACUUCUCCGGAUGAUUAAAUCGUCCAUUGGUGAAAACACCUAUAAUUUUUUAUCUACUUCUGGUUCCCAACCUGGACUACUGUAUGGUCUCCCAAAAGUACACAAACCUAAUAUUCCUCUUAGACCCAUUAUUUCAUCUAUUGGCACCUUUAAUUAUAAUACUGCUAAAUUUCUGGUUCCCAUAUUGUCUCCUUUAACUUCCAAUAAGUAUACCAUUGAUAAUUCCACAUCCUUUGCUAAUGAAAUCACAUCCCUAGACCCCAAACAACCCGUCACUAUGGCAAGUUUUGACGUGGAAUCGUUGUUCACUAAUGUCCCCCUUCUAGAAACCACUGAUAUUAUAACUAACAACAUAUAA